GACAGAUGAUGCUAGAUUAUCUUAAUGCUACAAGUCAUAUGUACACGACAUCAUUAUUUGAAAGCAAAUAUGGAAAUGAGCCUUCCAUUUCCUCAAUAAAUUUACGUCAAAUCAAAAGAGAAUUAAAAGAGAAGGAUGAUCAUUUAAGGUAUUGGAAAAGAAGAGCUACUCAUUUACAAGAAUUGGUAAAGAAAAAGCAAAGACAAAAAACAGAGCUUGCAACUCUUUUAGAUGUUCAUGGUAUUGAAUAUCCAGAAGAGCUUCAUUCCUGGCAUUAAU